UUUCCAGACUAAGGAAGAGAAGGCCAAGGUUUACGGUAGAGUGAAGGUCUAAAGUAGCUAAUACCGAGGAAUGUUUGGUUCGUGGAGGUGUCGGGCUAUGGAUAUCCACAUCGCGGGCUACGGUCGAUGGUCAGUGUCUCUUCGGAAGGACCGAGGAGUUGAAUGCACCUCUAUCUGUGCACCGCUGCCACGACUGGCCUCCUAUUUGUUUUGCACAACCAUUGCCAUCCGAGUAAAAUCGCCACUCAUGUGGAUUUUUCGCAAGCUUAUUCCAAGUAUGCGAUGAUGUGGUUGUGGUGGUCGAUGUGAUGAAUAGACAAUAUACUUCGUCCAGGUUCUGAAUUCUUGCCGUCGCAGUGUACGUGGGGAAUGAGAGUUAGUUGUACGUUUGUCUCAGACUUCUGAUCGUGUCGUCUCGAGGGACACACGGUAGAGUCAGGUAGUCUGGCGGCUCAACGAAAGUAGACUUUUCAGUUUUGACUGAACUAGGAGUACGGGAUAGAGCUGUGUCUCCUCGUAUAGGAUGUAACACGGAGGAAAACACAGCUUCACUGUCGCAGUGAUGAACUUAAAGGUAAGGUAAGAGUCAAUUCUGUGGAAGUGAC